AUGAAGCAUCCUUUGUUUUGCUGUUCAGACAGAUCAGGGGCUGAAAGUCAGCAGCAGGAAACUGGAAACAGUUCAGUCGUAGUUAAAUCUCUGAAGCAUGGAUUCUCCUGCUCCAGUCUCACAUUACCUGUAGCACAGAGAGCACCUCAAGCACAGGGAACUCACUUUGUCUUUGUGGACUUUCAUCUGUCAGCUGGUCUAACAGCUCUGAUAGAAACCCAGCACACUGUGGUGGCAGCUGUAGGAGAUGAAGCCUGCUUAUACUGUCACCUGAUACAAUCUAGAGAUGUUGAGCAAGUCACAUGGCUGAAGAUUUUACCUGAGGGGGAGAAGAACCUUGCUGCUAGCCACAAAGACUUCGGUCAAAAAGUGAAUCCUGACUUUACAGAUAAAAUGGAGUUUAAAUAUGCUGGACUGCAAAACACCUCCAUAGUUAUCAGGAGGGUGAUGGAGGAGGAUGAAGGGUGCUAUCGCUGUUUGUUUAACACCUUCUCUGAAGGUGCUCUCAAUGCUACAACCUGCCUGAAGCUCUAUGAGCUGCAUGGACCCUUUCUUCACGUCACAGAAUCAACAGUUGUGUCCUGCUCAGCCACAGCUCGACCUGCUCCCACAGUAACACUGACUGUCCCUCACUACAACUCUACCAGCGUCACCAACACCAACGGCACAGUCACUGUCACCGCUACAGCUGGGCUGUCUGGUCUACAUGGCAACAGCACACAGGUUGGAUGUGCAGUGAGAGUGCUCUCUGGUCCUCAGAUAGAGGUGUCUAUGAUGAUUCCUGAGGUCAAACAGUCGUCUGAUUAUGGUUUUGAUGAGGAAUCUGGAUCUAAUAACAAUUUCACUCUGAUCAUCGUGUUCGUGGUUGUGGCCUGUGUUUGUGUUUGUGUUGCUGCAGUCGUCAUCACCCUGCUUAUACGGAAACAUCGGAACCGUCGGCCACACAGGGACCCUGAGGAGAUCAAGACACCACAAAAAGCAAUCAAAGACAUUGAUGAUCGGUCACACAGGGACUCUGAGGAGAACAAGACAUCACAAAAAGCAAUCAAAGACACUGAUGAUCGGUCACACAGGGACUCUGAGGAGAACAAGACACCACAAAAAGCAAUCAAAGACACUCAUGAUCGGUCACACAGGGACUCUGAGGAGAACAAGACACCACAAAAAGCAAUCAAAGACACUCAUGAGACCAAAACACCUUUAAUGAAUGAAGAGAACGAGCUGCGGCUACAGACGUCUACUGAGAAAGAUAAAAACCACAACCACCCAAAACCAUCAUCUCUGAAAGGAAGAAAGUUAUCUUUCAACUCAGUUAACUAAUUAGUACCACAGAAUAACCCAUAACACUGUUAGUGCCACAACACAGAGAACAUGUCUGCACCAGUUCAUUGAUUCCAGCAGAUCAGUAGUUUUGAUCUUGAAAUAUAAUUUAGGUGAUAGUUUUAAUUCACUGUUGCAUCCAGAUGAAGCAUCCUUUGUUUUUAUAUAUACAUUUUCUGCUGCUGCUUUUUGUUUUUUUCAUAUUUAGACUAUAAACUUCAUAUGAAGAUCAAAGAAUAUAGAGUAGGAGUUGAAACACUAACAGAGUUUACAUUGAAUGUCUGCUGCAUAUUUUUAGCAACAGGUGCACAAUAUGGCCACUAGAGGUCCUGCUUCCCUCUCAUGUACUGCAGGAGAGUUGAGGCUGUUCAGACAGAUCAGGGGCUGAAAGUCAGCAGCAGGAAACUGGAAACAGUUCAGUCGUAGUUAAAUCUCUGAAGCAUGGAUUC